AUGUCCAAAGCCAAUAUGAAGCAUGUGGUCCGCUUCCAACAGGAGAUUCAGAUCAUGAAGACUAUGGAUCAUCCCAACAUCAUCAAGCUUUAUGAGACCUUCGAGGACCGGAAGCACAUCUACUUGGCCAUGGAGCUGUGUACCGGUGGCGAACUUUUCGAUCGAAUCAUUGAGGUGGGCCAGUUCACUGAAAAGGACGCUGCCAUAGUCGUGCAGCAGAUGCUCUCAGCAGUCUUCUACAUGCAUACCCGGGGUGUUUGCCAUCGAGACCUGAAGCCGGAGAAUUUCCUCUUCUUGUCGAAAGGCCCAAUUGAGAACACACUGCUGAAGAUUAUCGACUUUGGCCUGUCCAAGUGCUUUGACACAAGCAUUCCGAUGGCCACCAAAGCAGGGACGCCAUACUAUGUGGCUCCCCAGGUGCUACAGGGCAAGUAUGACAACUCCUGCGAUCUCUGGAGUUGUGGGGUGAUCAUGUACACCAUGCUUUGUGGGUAUCCUCCUUUCUACGGCAAGACUGACCAGGAGGUGCUGAGCAAGGUACGAAAAGGUGUGUACCAGUUCGAGCCAAAGUACUGGAGACACAUUUCUCAGGAUGCAAAGAAGCUCAUUGGGAUGCUCCUCAAGUUCGAGCCAGAGUCGCGCUACACUGCCGAGGAGGCAUUGCAGGACGUCUGGAUCAAGGAGCGAGCGCCCAAAGCCGAGAACAUCUGUCUUCAGGAUCGUAUUAUGCACAACCUCAAGAGCUUCAGGUCAAAGAACAAGCUCAAGAAAGCGGCCCUCAAUAUUAUCGCCUCGCAGAUGAGCGAAGCCGAGAUCGCGGACCUGCGGGAGAUAUUUAAAGCUCUCGACGUGAACGGUGACGGCUUUUUGACCACGACGGAGCUGAAAGAUGGUAUUACGCGGGCGCGGGUGCGGAGCCCAACAAUUGACCUGCAGGCCAUAAUGGAGGGCGUCGAUGCUGACGGCAGUGGACUCAUCGACUACACGGAGUUCUUGGCCGCGACUCUGGACAAGAAGGUUUACCUCCAGAGGGAUGUUUGUUUCGCUGCCUUCUCUGUGUUCGAUCGAGAUGGUGAUGGAUGCAUUACCCUCGAGGAGCUGAAGCAGAUCCUGGAAAAUGGGUCUGUCGAGGAAGUGAUUGACACAUGGACAUCUGAAGAGCUGCUCCAGGAUGUGGACCGAAACGGUGACGGCUCCAUAGACUUCGAAGAGUUUAUGGAGAUGAUGCGGGGAGGGAGAUCGAUGUCGCUGUCCAUGGAGACCGAAACGCCAAAGGGCGGCCGCUCGCCCAGCCUCCUUCGGUCCCGGAGCCGCGGCAGCCGAACUCCGCGGAAGAAGAUUUGA